AUAAAAAGAUAGAUAUAAAAAAAUAGAUUCAUAACUUUUUGAAAAUGAAAAUAGCAAUAAUACUAAAUAUUCAAGUGUAUUUAUGUAUGUUUUUCGCUUUUUUACAUACUGAAGGAACACAUAAUAAUAAACAAAAUGCGAUUAUCAUAAAUAAUUUUCUACGUCAUCCAGGAUGGAAUAAUAUAAAUGAUGUCGAAUUAAUUAAGUAUGGGAACAAUAAGCAUGAACUGAAAGAUUUAAUUUUUAAUACUGUUGUAACAUCAUUUAAUUGUGAUAAAUGCACACGGCAAGCAAUGAUAUUCCUUGGAUGUUCUUAUGCUAAUGAUCUAGAUAUAAUGAACUUUUCAUUAACUAAAUUUCAAAAACAUUGUUUUGAACUAUUAGAUUCUGGUGAUGGUAGUGCGAACGAUUGUACAGUCACACUUUUAAUGAAAAUGAUUGAAAUUGUUCCGAUGGCAAAAUAUAUGAAAGGAGCUUUAGGUGCAAUAGAAAAAUAUCAUACUGUUUCCCGGAAAAUCGUAAAAAAAAGACGUUUUCUUUUAAACAGGUUACUAACAAAUAUACAGGAAGAAGAAACUUUAUUGACGACGUUGAGAACCAGAUCGUAUACAAUUAAGGAUGUAUUAACGACUAUCGCGGAAAUAUUAUUGUCAAGGCAUAAUGAACUUAAUAAAGAUAAGUCAUUUUGUCAACUAAAACACUUGGAUUUUGAUUCAUUGUGGAAUUUAUGGAUUAUAGAAUUCAAUACAUUCAAACAACAAGGAAAAUUUCAAGAACUAUUUAUUUUUCUUAGUGAUAAAAUUAGAAAUUUUAUCCAAACAACAAUCGCGAAAAAAUUUAUUGAACUUGGAUUUAUAUUUGAUUGGAAUACAAGUCAGACAUUUUUACCUGUUCAACCAUUUACCAGUGACAAUCAUUAUAUCGUACAAAAUCGUUUUAUAAAUUUUACACAAAAUACUAAUUUUUUAGAUACGCAAGAAGCAAUUCAAGAAAAUGAUAUUACAACUUCGAUACUACAUACUAAUGAUGUAGAAACACAGGAAGACAUUAGACAAGAAAAUAACAAUUGUGAUGUGAAUGAUGAUUCAGACGUACUAAUUCAUUAUCCCAGGGGUCAGAAACCAUUUAAUAAAUACCUUUAAAUUAAUUUUCUUGAGCUAAAUUUUUCACAUAGUUCCAGUAUUAUAUACAACAAUUGUGUUAAUUUAUAUGCAUGAUUUAAAUAUUUAAUAAAUAAAAUUAAUUAUUACUAACA